CUACGUUAUGAUGACUGAUAAGCGAACCCAAUUCAUAGAUUCAUAAUUAUCAAAAUAUAAUGUAUUGCAAUAAUACGUAUUAGUUAAUAAAUUUGAUGCUUCCACCAUAACCAGUACCAUGGGGCUGAUACGACAAUUAUUACUUAUGAAUAUAUUAAAAUGUAAACAUAAUGGAAAGAAACUCAAAUCUUCACAAUGCCAAUCAAACAGUCUAAAAGAAGAAACUGUUGCAAGUGAAAAGCAAAUUUGUAGAGUAUGUCUUAAAGAUGGGGAAAUACCUAUAUAUGGAAACCACGAAUAUACAGACAUAUCUGAAGAUCUACGAAUAUUUGCUGAUAUUGAAAUAAUUAAAAGUUGUAACUUGCCUACACAUCUCUGCCAGGCGUGCUAUUCUCUUCUACAAGGAGCAAUGCUAUUAAGAAAAACAGCACAAAAAUCAGAUAAUAUAUUACAUGGAGUAGAUGUGGAACAAAGUGAUAGUGACCAUAAUAUGGACAAUGAUGAUACUUUCUAUGAGUUUCACACUAAAGCAGAGGAACCAGUAGCCGAAGUACGUGAAUACAGUUGCAGGACGUGUGAGCUAUCAUUUUGCUCAUUCAAGGAGUAUGAUGAGCACUUGUUGUCAGAAGAACAUGAAAACAUGAGACGCACUUGUCCAGUUUGCAAUAAAAGCUAUUCAGCAAUAUAUUUUAAGCGGCAUGUAGCAUUACACAAUGUUGAACAUCCGUACAUGUGUGAUAUUUGUGGGAAAAAAUUUAAUAUACGAGGACAAUUUACCCGUCAUAGAGUAACACAUUUCAUUGAGUUGCCAUUUAAGUGUUCUCUUUGCCCAUAUCGGGGGAGGUUUAGUGAAUCUUUGAAAAUGCAUAUGAGGUCACACACUGGGGAAAAACCAUACCAGUGUAGUCAAUGUCCAUCCAGAUUUGUAAGUAAAAGUAAUCUUAAUAAACAUGCAUUAACACACAAGGGAGAACAUGACUUUAAAUGUGAGUCUUGCAGCCGUGGAUUUUAUACUAAAAGAGAGCUGGAAUUACAUUAUAAAGUGGAUCACACAGGCAUAAAGGAACAUGUUUGUAAUAUGUGUGGCAAAGCGUUUGGCCACAGGAAGCAAAUGAUGAAGCAUCAACUCAAGGUACACAAGCGUCAGAAACUUAGAAGUGGAAGGAUGCCAUUAUAUUUACAAGCUGAGUCUAAGCUGCAACAAGAUUAUUAUGAAUCAUGUAUUAAAUGAAAGUUUUGCAUGUUAUAAAGAACUAGUGUAUCUAAAGGUGAACAUGCAUUUAAAAGGCUGACAUAACCUCUUGCAAUUCCACUGUCGCGGUAAGAGAGCAUGGGUGACAAUGAUCUCCAGGGACUCCUCUUGGUACUGAAUAGAUAUGGUAAUUAAUAGAUUAGAUUGGAAAAGAAAAUGUUUUGUUAAUCAGAGAGAUGGUAAAACUGGUGUAUCUGCUAUAUUUCAUAGCAUUACUCUUUUGCAAAGGCAUUCUUGGCAUUGAGAUGAAUUUAAAAAAAUCAUUUUUACUUUUACUAAUGUUAUGUAUGUUCAUUAGCACGCUUGCAAAUUGACUAGAAACUGAUAAUUAUAAUGUCUACGGCAGGAACAAAUAUAAACUUACUAUGUCUAUUACUUCGUUAAGUUAGUAACUUUUUUGUUGAGCAAUGUUUAUUUUACAACAUGAUCCCAUAAAAUGUACAAUACAAAUUAUAUUUUAUUUUAUUUAUUUAUUACUAUGGUAGGUUACUAUAAUGUAAAUAACUUUCUUUUCAUCAGUCUUGCUUGUAAAUUGAUCCUUAUUACAUCAUUCUUAAGGCUAUAAGCAGAACUAUUAAACACAAAAGCAUAAUAAUAUUACUUAUUAUUAUUGAAAGGGGAGAGAGAAGUCUUCAGGACAUGAUAAAUCUCCUGAAGGUAUCCUGACGACGCACCGUGUUUCGUGGCAAGGAACUUGAACAACUUACCGCCUGUCACCUUCGACCAUGUCGACAUCACCAGGUUGCUGAAGGACAUCACAAACCUCAAGGCAGGCCUGGCAGAAGUAGUGUUGACAUUAGAGGCAUCUCAGAACACCAUCUAUGUGACUAUGCUGCUGCCAUCCGCCAGCAAUGCAGAAAGCAGACAGUGCUGAGGACAGAAAGUGGAAGCAGGCACACCCGCAACGAACCCGCUUGUAGAGCUGUGUCGAAGGGUCUGACCGACAAGGAUGGCUUCAUUAAGGUGGAGUGGAAGAAGAGGAGACCUCCUAGUCAUAACCAAUGUGGCACAGCACCGAUAGAACAGAACCAGCUCCUGCGUCCCGUAAUCCCAGCGACGUAUAUCUACGUCUCUCGCUUUCACAACACCACCAAGGCCUCCGACAUUGUUCAGUACUUGGUGGAGAAGACAAGGUUCCGGUUGGGGGUCGAAAAGUUGGUGACGCGUCACGCAGUAGACUUCAACUCUUUUGUUGUUCGCGUCCCGACAGAACAUAUAUUAACCUUAAUGGACGUGCAGCUGUGGCCGAAGGGGGUCGUGUUCCGCAAGUAUCGCGGACGUCGCCGACCGCCGGAAGCUACCGAACCCGCGCCUCACAUCGCCGCGAAAAUGUGACGUAGAUCUAAGUUAUAUAUCAUAUGUAUGUUAGACUAUAAGGUAUUUAUUUUAUGUGCUAUGUAGCCUGAAAUAAAGGAAUUAUUAUUAUUA